UCUCGUCGACGUGAUGAUGUCACAUAUCACAUGGUUUUGUUUUUGAAGGAAGUAAAGAUGGCCGCCCAGUCUUUUCUCUCCGAGUCAGCUCUCGGUUGGUCUAUUUUCACCUUUAUACUUUUGGUCAUCCUUGCUUUCUGUUGGGUCUACAUCCGCAAGUUUCAAAGUCGCCAGGAGAGUGAAGUUGUUUCAACCAUCACAGCAAUAUGCGCACUGGCUAUUGCGCUGAUAACUUCAGCACUUCUUCCUGUAGAUAUAUUCCUUGUCUCCUUCAUGAAGUACCCAAAUGGCACCUAUAAGGAAUGGGCUGUAAACAAUGAGACAAGAGCACAGAUUGAAGAAACUGUCCUGUAUGGAUAUUACACACUUUACUCCAUCAUCCUCUUCUGUGUCUUUCUGUGGAUCCCCUUCGUUUAUUUCUACUAUGAAGAAAGAGAUGACGACAAUGUCAACAAAUGCGCGCAAGUCAAAAACGCUGUGAAGUACACAAUUGGAUUUGUCAUUGUCUGCGUGGUGCUGCUAUUAAUUGGAGCAUUUGUUCCACUUGAGGCCCCACCACGACAGAAUGCCACGCAGUGGGAGAAAGUUCAAUACCUUUUUGAGGAGCUUGGCAGCGGUCAUGGCCUACCUGCUCUGGCUUUCUCCAUCAGCUCCUUAACCUUGAUUGGGAUGCUGGCAGUCAUCACUUACACAGCAUAUGGUAUGUCUGUACUGCCUUUGAAUCUGAUAAAAGGCACACGAAGUGUGGCGUAUGAACGCUUGGAGAACACAGAAGAUAUUGAUGAUGUCGAGCAUCAGAUUGAGAAGCUGAAAUCCAAGUGUCAAGAUGGACGCCCAUUGUCAUCACGGGACAGACACAAGUUGCAGGAACUCGAAGGAAAAUUACAGGUCCUACAACGGAGGGGGAGGCACCUGGAAAUUGCAGAGAGGAACUGCUGCAACAAAGUGGGCAUGGCGCUCAGACCUCUCAAGAUUAUACUGGGCAUUUUCUUCAUCCUGGUCGCUCUUCUGUUUUGUGUUGCGCUCUUCAUUUCAAAUUUGGAUAAAGCUCUCCACUCUGCUGGCAUCAGCUCUGGCUUUAUAAUAUUUGGCACCAAUCUAACAAAUCCUUUGAAUGAACUUCUAUUAGCUUUACAGCCUGUUUUUCCAUUGGAUUACAUCCUGAUUACAGUCAUCACAAUGUAUUUUGUACUCACAUCUAUGGCGGGUAUUCGCAACAUGGGCAUCUGGUUCUUCUGGAUAAGGCUGUACAAAAUUCGACCUAAAAGAACACGUCCCCAGGCUCUCCUCUUCCUCGGCAUGAUUUUGCUUUUGAUUGUGCUCCAUACCAGCUACAUGAUCUACAGUCUUGCCCCUCAAUACGUCAUGUAUGGCAGCCAGAAAUAUCUUAUACAGAGUCCUUCAUCAAGCCUGACGUCGGGGAACUCUUCAUUCAGCACCACCAGGUUCUGUGAUGCCAACGCGCCUGAGGAUCAGUGCAUUGUGACUAGGACAUAUCUUUUCCUCCAUAAGUUUUGGUUCUUCAGUACCAUGUACUACUUUGGGAACUGGGCCUUUAUUGGGGCUUUCCUCAUCGGCCUGGUGGUGUCAUGCUGCAGAGGGAAGAAGUCUGUGAUUGAAGGCGAGGUGGAGGCCGAUGACUCAGACAUCAGCGAUGAUGAAUAUGUGCACUGAGGUCCAGUACGCACGCACCCUCGGAUCAGCACGUCCAGCUAUAACUUAAGGGGAAUACAAAGUACAAAUUGACACGUCAUUAAUUUGCUUCCAUUUGAUUUUAUUGCUUUGAAGAAGGUUUGCUCCGAGACGACGUGACUCACAAUGUUGGGUUUCUAAGAACAUCCUCCAAGGCAAUGUGCACAGACAACCUUAAAAAUUAAGCCGAAGUUUACAUGCAAAUUACAUUUUAGUUUUGCUGAGUACUUUCUAGAGCAGGCCUGCCCAAACUUUUGCAACUCAAGACCCGAAGUUUGAUUCUUUGAGUAUCCAAACAUAAUGGCCUCACUGCGCAAUAAACAAAUGAUAAAGACAAGAAUUCAUUCCAUCAAAAUCAAAAAGCCAUUUGCCUAAAAGAAACUGUAUUCCUGCUUCCAGUUUUCAUUAUUUUACUCUGAAAAUUGGCACCCCCCACAUCCCAAAGAAAAUUAGCUGUCUUGGUUCCCAAUUCUCAGUUUAGAAAAUCCUGCUCGAGACCCUUAAAAUGGGGACCCAACUGCUCCCAAUAUUCCUUUUAGUUGACUUUUGUGCUAGCUACUGUAUGAACCUCAAUUCAUUUUUUUUAAAUGUGCCAUUUAAAUGACAUAAUGUUCAUUGCUCUUUUAAUUUCCCGCUUGUUCCCACCCACCCUCUUUAAAGGUUCGAAUGACGCGUUCCUGAAUGUGUUUAGCUGACCCUUGCUCUGUCGUGUUUUCAACAUCACAUUUCAUUCAUCGUUCUCAUGAAAAGGCUUCUUAAGGGUUUUGCUGUCUGUAUUGUAAGGACAUGGGGGGGGGGAAAUACAUCGUUAAUAAUCAUAUUUAUGAGAACCACUGACAUUUUUUAAGUGCUUGUGAUUGGCACAUCAUUUGUUUUGCUUUUCUUGUUUUUAAUUAUCUUUAAAUUAUUCAUUUCAAAGUGAGUGUGUGUGUGUGUGUGUGUGUAUAUAUAUAUAUAUA